UCGCCGCGCCCCGCCGCGACCCAGGGCGGCGGCGUCACGGAGGCCGACGUGCUGAUCGCGUUCCGGAACACGCUGCGCGGGCCGGACGGCGCGCCCCCGGGCCCGCUGCGGAGCUGGGGCACCCCGGGCCCGUGCCAGGGCAACAGCUCAUCGUGGUACGGCGUGUCGUGCCACGGCAACGGCAGCGUGCAGGGCCUGCAGCUGGAGCGGCUCGGCCUGGCCGGCGCCGCGCCCGACCUGGCCGCGCUCGCCGUGCUCCCGGGCCUCCGCGCGCUCAGCCUCUCCGACAACGCGCUCACCGGCGCGUUCCCCAACGUGUCCGCGCUCGGCGUGCUCAAGAUGCUCUACCUGUCGCGGAACCGCCUCUCCGGCGUCAUACCGGAGGGCACGUUCAGGCCCAUGCGCGGCCUCCGCAAGCUGCACCUCGCCUUCAACGAGUUCUCCGGGCCCGUGCCGGGAUCCAUCACCUCGCCACGGCUGCUGGAGUUCGUCGACGUCUCCAACAACAACCUUUCCGGCCCGAUCCCGGCAGGGCUCAGCCGCUUCAAUUCGAGCAUGUUCUCAGGCAACAAGUUCCUCUGCGGCAAACCGCUGGACGCCGAGUGCAACGGCUUGGGGGUGCCGACCUCCGGCAUGUCGACCAUGAUGAAGAUCGCCAUCGCGCUCAUCGUCCUCGGCCUGCUCCUCUGCGCCGUUGGCAUCGCCACGGGCGUCCUCGGCCGCCGGAGAAGAAAGCCGAGGCGCGCGGCCGCCGAGUCUCUCGGCGGCGGCGACCAGACGCCCUCCAACCCGAAGCUCAACACCGCGCCGGCCGUCAACAUCGAGAGCGCCGCCAGCACGAACCAGCCGCGGGCCGGCGCCGCGACCACGGCCGGGGGCGCCGCCGCGGCGAAGCGCCAGCGGCGGGACGAGCACGGACGGCUGGUGUUCAUCCAGGAGGGCCGCACCCGGUUCGAGAUCGAGGACCUGCUCCGGGCGUCGGCCGAGGUGCUGGGCAGCGGCAACUUCGGGUCCUCGUACAAGGCGACGCUCUGCGAGGGCCCCGCCGUGGUGGUGAAGCGGUUCAAGGACAUGAACGGCGUCGGCCGGGAGGACUUCUCGGAGCACAUGCGCCGCCUCGGCCGCCUCGCCCACCCCAACCUCCUCCCCCUCGUCGCCUACCUCUACAAGAAGGAGGAGAAGCUCCUCGUCACCGACUACAUCGUCAAUGGCAGCCUCGCCCAACUCCUCCAUGGUAACCGAGGGUCGUUGUUGGAUUGGGGGAAGCGUCUGCGGAUCAUCAAGGGCGCGGCGCGGGGGCUGGCGCACCUGUACGACGAGCUGCCGAUGCUGACGGUGCCGCACGGGCACCUCAAGUCGUCGAACGUGCUGCUCGACGGCACGUUCGAGGCGGUGCUGUCGGACUACGCGCUGGUGCCGGUGGUGACGUCGCAGAUCGCCGCGCAGGUGAUGGUGGCGUACAAGGCGCCCGAGUGCAUCGCGCCGCAGGGGAAGCCGUCCAAGAAGAGCGACGUGUGGAGCCUGGGCAUCCUCAUCCUCGAGGUGCUCACCGGCAAGUUCCCGGCGAACUACCUCCAAAAGGGGCGGCAGGGCGGUGACCUGGCCAGCUGGGUGCAGUCCGUCGUCACGGAGGAGCGCACCGACGAGGUGUUCGACAAGGACAUCACGGGGGCCCGGGGCUACGAGGCCGACAUGGUCAAGCUGCUCCAGGUCGGCCUGGGCUGCUGCGACGCCGACGUCGACCGGAGGUUGGAGCUCAAGACGGUCAUCGCGCGCAUCGACGAGAUCCGGGAGCCCGAACCCGCCGCCGCCGCCGCCGCCGCUGACUCGACGUCGUCGUCAUCCUAG